AUGAAACCGGAUGUAAAAAACUCGUCUGAGAAAGAUACAUCAAAUGUGUCGGUAAAGUUGGAGAAGUUAGAAAAUGGUAGCAAAUCCGAAAAUGGUAGCAAAUCCGAAAAUGGUAACAAAUCCGAAAAUGGUAACAAAUCCGAAAAUGGUAACAAAUCCGAAAAUGGUAGCAAAUCCGAAAAUGGUAGCAAAUCCGAAAAUGGUAACAAAUCCGAAAAUAUUAACAUGUCAGAAAAAUUGACCACAUUAGAAAAACUAUAUGAAUCAAGGAAACUGUUCAUGUCCGAUAAAUUAUAUUCUCAAGAAAAAAAUAUUGACAAUUACGAUAUGAAUAGUUAUGAGAAAAAUAAGUACAGGAAAUAUCUUCAAAAUUCUAGUGAUGAAUAUUCUAUUCAGCAUAUGCAAAAAUUUUUGAAGCAUGGAAUUGCAGAUAAUGGAAUUCGAAUAAUGACAACAAAUAAUUGCUCAUGGUACUAUAAUUAUUAUAAAGCAACAAAAACAUGUUCUCCACCCAUUAAAGAACUUACGGAAGGGACUACCGUUGAUUAUUAUUACUAUACUACUCCUUUUUCUACACAAAUAGGAAACAUUAACUUGGUAAUGAUGCACAGUCAAGUAAAUUUUGAAGAUGGAACAUGUACCCCCACUGAUAGAGAUUUCAAAAUGAAUGCAGUAACUCCUCAGAUGAUAAAAGAAGCGAAAAUGAAAUCUGUAAAAUAUAAAAAGGAGUACAUAGAUUGGAUUUAA